AAUCUACAGUCGCUCUAUUUUUGCUUCAUGCGCCACUGAGCAACUCUCAUAGCAAUGAGCGGUGACCCUCCUCCGACGCUGGAUCCAGUUCUCUUCAUACAUGGUUGACCCCUGCCACAUGAGAUCUCUGUUUUUGGAUACCACGCUGCCACAGCUAGCGUUCCGCCCCGGAUUGAAGACAGUACCGCAACACAAAGACAACCGUCUUUGGGAGACUAAGUUACCAUCAUGGUUAACCAGGUUCAGCGAGGGGACGGUAGUUGGCAGUCAUGCAAGAGUGACUCCAGCGGGGCCAGCAACAGUGGGGGGGAGAGCUCCAAGGAAAGCUCCCGCUGCUCCACUCCGGUGCUGGAUGCAGACCGCUUAGACAGGCUGCGGGACAAGAUGCGCAAGAGGACGGAGUCUGGAGACUGCUGGUUCUCGCUGGAAUUCUUUCCCCCCCGCACAGCCAGUGGAGCUGUCAACCUUAUAUCAAGAUUUGACCGUAUGGGCACCGGAGGGCCUCUGUUCAUCGACAUAACUUGGCACCCAGCAGGGGACCCAGGCUCCGACAAGGAAACCUCAUCUAUGAUGAUUGCAAGCACAGCAGUCAAUUAUUGUGGCCUAGAUAGCAUCCUUCAUCUGACCUGUUGCAACCAGACCAAAGAGAACAUUACUGGCUACCUCGCCAAGGCCAAGCACCUGGGCCUCAAAAACAUCAUGGCCCUGAGGGGAGACCCAGUGGGAGCCGACUGGGAGGAAGAGGAGGGAGGCUUCAACCACGCCAUCGAUCUAGUUAAACACAUCCGAUCAGAGUUUGAAGACUACUUUGAUAUCUGUGUUGCCGGAUACCCCACAGGGCACCCCGAGGCAGAAAGCUAUGAGGAGGAUUUAAGACACCUAAAGGAAAAAGUAGAUGCUGGAGCAGACUUUGUGAUCACCCAGCUGUUCUUCAGAGCAGACACAUUCCUCAAGUUCCUGGAUGACUGCAGGGCAAUUGGUAUCACAUGUCCCAUCCUACCAGGAAUAUUCCCCAUCCAGGGUUACCAGUCUCUUCGUCAGCUUGUGAAGCUGUCAAAGCUCGAGGUGCCAAAGGAAAUCACAGAAGUCAUCGAGCCCAUCAAAGACAACGAUGCUGCUAUUCGUAACUACGGAAUACAACAGGCGGUGGAGAUGUGUCGUGUGCUGCUAGACAGUGGAAAGGUACCGGGACUCCACUUUUACACACUGAAUCGAGAGGUCGCCACCAUGGAGGUCCUGCGACAGCUGGGGCUGUGGAUAGAGGACCCCAGGACGCUCGGUCCUCUGUCCCCGAGUCAGUCCUCCUUCCCUGUGACAGUCCUCUGUCCCUGUGAAAAUCCUCUGUCCCUGAGACAGUCAGUCCUCUGUCCCCGAGUCAGUCAGUCCUCUGUCCCGAGUCAGUCCUCUGUCCUCGAGUCAGUCCUCUGUCCCCAAGUCGGUCUUCUGUCCCCGAGACGGUCCUCUGUCCCCGAGACGGUUCUCUGUCCCGGAGACGGUCCUCUGUCCCCGAGUCCCCGAGACGGUCCUUCGUCCCCGAGGCGGUCCUCCAUCCCUGAGACGGCCCUCUGUCCCCGUGACAGUCCUCUGUCCCUGAGUCAGUCCUCUGUCCCUGAGACAAGACAGUCCUCUGUCCCCGAGUCAGUCCUCUGUCCCAGAGUCAGUCCUCUGUCCCCGAGUCAGUCCUCUGUCCCAGAGACGGUCCUCUGUCCCUGUGACAGUCCUCUGUCCCCGAGUCAGUCCUCUGUCCCCGAGUCAGUCAGUCCUCUGUCCCGAGUGAAGUGUUUGCCAUGGAAUGAUGAGCCUCUGGCCCCAGAAACCAACCUGCUGAAGGACGAGCUGGAGAAAGUGAACAGACGAGGAGUCCUCACCAUCAACUCCCAGCCCAACAUAAACGGCAAACCCUCCACAGACCCUGUAGCAGGCUGGGGACCUGCAGGAGGCUACGUCUUUCAGAAGGCCUAUCUGGAGUUCUUCACUUCUAGUGAAAAUGUGACUGCUCUCCUCAAAGUACUGAAAAAGUACGAGCCCCGUGUCAACUACCACAUCGUUAAUGUGCUCGGCCGUAACCUGACCAACGCCCCUGACAUGCAGCCUAACGCUGUGACAUGGGGCAUCUUUCCUGGAAGGGAGAUUGUCCAGCCCACUGUAGUGGACCCAGUCAGCUUUAUGUUUUGGAAGGACGAGGCCUUUGCUUUGUGGAUCGAGCAGUGGGCCAACCUCUACGAGGAAGAGUCUCCUUCACGAAUGAUCAUCAAGUAUAUCCACGACAACUACUUCCUGGUAAAUCUGGUGGACAAUGACUUUCCUCUGGAGAGCUGCCUGUGGCAGGUCAUUGAUGACAUGUUUGAGCUGCUUGACGCUCCUCCAGAAACGCACCACGGUGGAGAAGUCUCUGAAUGAAGCUUCUUCUUUAGGGACAGAAAACACACUGCUUCUUGCAAUAAAAAGCACAGCAUAGAGUAAGAUUUGCACUUGAAAGUGUUUAAAGAGUUUUUUUUUAAAUGUUGGGGAUAAUUGAAGCUAAAAGUCUCAACAAAAUGAGCUUCUUCCUCUGUAGCACUCCCCUGCUCAUAAACUGCAGUCAUGUUUUACAAAGUAUUAUUUUUUAAAGACAACAAAGGAGAAAGAAACUUGCAUGCAUUAUUUGAACAUGCAAUAUUUUUUUAAGCCGGUUAAUGUUUCUAUUAUCAUGGAAGACUGUAAUUCAAAUUAUGUAUUUGAACAUGCUUAUGAAAUGAUGUUACAAGUGAAAAGCUAGUAUAGAGAUGCUAGUUGUGAGUGAAUCUUAUUUGAUGUCACAAUUACACUAUGCCGGUAAGCACUAAUGACUAUAUUGUACCACAGACAACAGGAGUUUUACCUGGUACCUUAACAUGUUUUAAAUUUUUUGUCAUAUUUAUCUGUUGUGCCUGCUUUCUGAAGCAUUAAAUAACCUGUUCAAUAUUGAACAGCCCAAUGAGUUGUUACUAGGUCAGAUAGAGUACUGUACUAUACUGUCGACAGACUUCCAAACAUGUUUAUUCCCCUUUUCGGAGUGGAUAAAAGACCCUCAACCAACACCCCUUUCGCAAGUCAUUCCAAAUCUCACUUCUGCUGCUGCCUGCUUAAAGGCAGAAGUUCAAACGGCAAGGACUAAACAGCGCUGGACAAGUCCCUGCCCUCUUGUUUUAAACAGGGAAGAUGUGUACAAAACCUUUAGAAAGGGUUAAUCCACACAGCUCCGACACCAUCAUCAAGUUAGCUGACACCACCGCCAUCGCCCUGAUCACCAGUUCAAUCCCGCCCUGACCGCCACUGCAGUCAACAUGCCGUUGUGCCCUUGGGCAAGACACUUUACCCUAAAUUGCUCUCUUGGGUAUUGUCUGCAGUAAUGAUGUAUUACUUGUCUGAUAUAUGUAAUGUUAAGCGAUUUGAGCACUUGUAAAUGCGUUAAAAAUAAAUGCAAUGAAUUAUUUAUUUAAUUCAGUACAACCAA